AUGUAUGUCUACAAGGGUUCUGAGGUAGUUCUGAGAGAUAUAAAAUGUGGAACAUUAUAUUUUCUAUUAGGUUCCACAAUUAUAGGUUAUGUUGCUGUUAAAUCGUUUAUCCUCCACAAGGAUGACAUGACUAAGUUGUGGCAUAUGAGACUUGGUCACAUGAGUGAAAAGUGGAUGCAAAUUCUGUUAAAGAGGGAUCUUCUAUGUGGGCACAAGGUGCAAGAUGUUGAAUUUUGUGAACAUUAUGUAUUUGGUAAGCUUCAUCGCAACAAGUUUCCAAGAGGUGUUCAUCGUACAAAAGGAACACUUGAUUAUAUCCAUUCAAAUUGUUGGGGACCUUCUAGAAUUGAAUCUAUAAGUACUUUAUGUAUAUGA